CCUUUUAAUGACUUUGUUUGGGCCGAAUAUUUGGGUCCAGCCCGGCAAGGCCCAUCAAAACGCUUAAACCCUUCACGGUUCAAACGGUUGAGUCGGAAACUCGGACAACAAACGAAGCAAAGGAGUUUGAGCACUGCGCAAAGGCAAAAGCAUGGCUAUGGCAGUGGAGAAGAAGAGCAGUUCAUGGCGUCUGCAGAGCGGCCAAUACCUCGGAGAAAUCUCAGCCCUUUGCUUCCUCCACCUUCCUUCUCCCCUCUCUGCUCUCCCUUACCUACUCGCAGGGUCGGGUUCGCAAAUCAUGGUGUAUGAUUUGGAAAUGGGAAGAAUGGUGAGAUCGUUCGACGUGUUCCAAGGGAUUCGAGUGCACGGGAUAAUCUGUUAUAGCUCUGGUUCUAGUACUGAACGCGCAGAGGGAACACUGGCGUCUUCUAUUGCUUUCAAAAUUUCCGUGUUCGGCGAAAGAAGAGUGAAGUUGUUUAGUUUGCAGAUUGAAACGGUGCAGCAAGUCAAUGUCAGUUUGACUCUAUUGCAAUCCUUGCCAAAGUUCUCAAAUUGGGUCUUGGAUGUUUCCUUCUUUAAGCAGGGCUCUGUGAGUGGCUCAUAUGGGGAGGGUGAUUGUCUUGCUAUAGGGUGUAGUGACAACUCUGUCCAUCUAUGGGAUGUCUCAGCUUCUGCUGUGGUUCUUGAAGUUCGACAUCCUGAGAGGACCCUUCUUUAUUCAAUGCGGUUAUGGGGAGACAAUCUUCAAGCUCUCCGUGUUGCAUCUGGUACCAUCUAUAAUGAGAUCAUUGUAUGGAAAGUGGUGUCUCAGUAUAAUGCUGCAUCUUUAACAAAUCAAGUAGAAGACGGUAUUGAUCAGAUAAAUUCGUUCUCAGACUCUGUUCAGCCUCAUGCUUGCCAGUAUGAAGCUGUUCAUGUAAGCAAACUUGUUGGACAUGAAGGUUCCAUCUUUCGGAUAGCCUGGUCCUUUAAUGGAACCAAAUUGGUUUCUGUCUCUGACGAUCGUAGUGCUCGUGUCUGGGCAGCUUGUGCGGAAACAAAGCAUUCUGAGAAUCCAGGAGAGUCCAUUGGCCUUGUGCUGUUUGGUCACAAUGCCCGAGUUUGGGACUGCUGUAUUCUUGGUUCGUUGAUUGUCACUGCUGGCGAGGAUUGCACAUGUCGUGUGUGGGGACUGGAUGGUAAACACCUUCAGAUGAUCAAGGAGCACACAGGAAGGGGCAUAUGGCGUUGUUUGUAUGAUCCAAACUCUUCGCUUCUCAUUACUGCUGGUUUUGAUUCUGCAAUUAAAGUGCAUCAGCUGCACACAUCCUCUGGGAGCCUGGAGGGACAUGCAGAUACAAAAGAAUUUAAUAGAACGAUUGCAUACACAGUUCAUAUCCCUACUUUUUCAGAGAAUAUUGGACCUAUGGACAGCAAAAGCGAAUACGUCCGUUGCUUGAGCUUUGCACGUGAGGAUACCCUUUAUGUUUCAACAAACCACGGCUAUCUGUACCAUGCUAGAUUAUUGAACACUGGAGAAGUUGAAUGGACUGAACUCGUCCGCCUCAGUCAGGAGGUCCAGAUUGUUUGUAUGGAUUUGUUGUCAGAACCACUUGAAUUUUGCUCCAGCAUUGAGGACUGGGUUUCUGUUGGAGACGGAAAAGGAAACGUUACAAUAGUUGGGGUUAUACGUGAUGCUUGUACUCCUAAAGUGGGUUUCUCCCUUACUUGGUCAGCUGGGAUAGAGAGGCAACUCCUAGGAACACAUUGGUCCAAGUCACUAGGUUCUGGGUAUAUCUUCACCGCCGAUCCUAGAGGAACAUUAAAGCUCUGGAGGUUGUCUGACCAUUCUGCAAGGAGCUGCAAUGUCUUUCUUAUGGCAGAGUUCACAUCAAUUUUUGGAACUCGAAUAAUGUGUUUGGAUGCAUUGUUGGAGGAAGAGGUAUUGGUAUGUGGAGAUAUACGUGGUAAUCUUGUUUUGUUCCCUCUGUUGAAGAGUGUCUUGCAUGGAACGGUAGAACCUAACAUGAAAAUAUCUCCGUCCAAUUACUUCAAAGGAGCUCAUGGAAUAUCAAGUGUUUCAAGUUUGGCUGUUGCUAGACUAAGCUCCGAAAAGAUUGAAAUACGCUCGACAGGAGCAGAUGGGUGUAUAUGCUAUCUGGAGUAUGAAAGAGAUAUGAAGAGUUUGCAAUUUAUAGGGAUGAAACAAGUGAAAGAGUUGAGUCUUAUUGAAUCUGUUUCUGAUAAUAGCUCUGUUAAUGAGUUGUCAACCUGUCAUUGUGCUGCUGGUUUUGCAUCAGUGGAUUUUAUAAUUUGGAAUUUAAUAACUGAAACCAAGGUUGUCCAAAUUCCAUGUGGUGGAUGGAGGCGGCCGCAUUCCUAUUAUCUUGGUGAUAUACCAGAAAUAAAGAACUGUUUUGCAUAUGUUAAGGAUGAGAUCAUUUAUAUCCAUAGGCGAUGGGUGCUUGAUGGUGAAAGGAAGAUACUCUCCAGGAAUUUGCAUAUGCAAUUUCAUGGGAGAGAGAUGCAUUCCAUAUGCUUUGUCUCUGAAGAUUUGCAACCUGGAGUAGAUGAGAAGUACAGCCUAUUCACUGGAUCUAGUUGGAUGGCUACUGGGUGUGAAGAUGGAACUGUGAGGUUGACUAGGUAUACGCCAGGUGUUGAAAAUUGGUCUGCAUCAAAAUUGCUUGGGGAGCAUGUUGGUGGAUCAGCUGUGAGAUCAAUAUGUUGUGUGUCAAAGUUAUACAUUGUUCCAUCAGAUGCGGCCAGCAUAAAUGAAAAAAAUGCAGCAGCAGAGAACAGAGAAACUCCAGUUUUAUUGAUUUCAGUUGGUGCAAAGCGGGUCUUAACUUCUUGGCUACUAAGAAGUAAUAAGGUGAACAAAAAGGAUGAAAUACUAUCUGAUCAGCAGCAUAACAUCACUGGAAAUGGAAAUAAAGUUUUGUCGCAAGAGUCAUCUUCAAUGUCAUUCCAGUGGCUUUCAACAGAUAUGCCAGUCAAGUAUUCUAGUAAUCCAAAAUUUCCAGACAAUAUAGGGAAAAAAAUUGGUCUAGCAGGGAAUGUUUCUACUGAAGAUGCUGAUGCAGGAUCUAGAUUAGUGUCUUCAAAAAAGGGAAAUAUGGAGUUCAAAUCUUCAGUUAAGGAUAAAUAUGAAGAUGACUGGAGAUACCUGGCUGUCACUGCGUUUUUGGUCAAAUGUGCUGGUUCCAGGAUUACCGUUUGUUUUAUUGUUGUUGCUUGUUCAGAUGCCACCCUUGCAUUGCGGGCUCUAGUUUUGCCCUAUAGGCUAUGGUUUGAUGUUUCUGUGUUGGUUCCUCUAUCAUCACCAGUUUUGGCAUUGCAGCAUGUCAUCCUUCCCACAUGCGUCCCUUCUGAAGAUAAUGUUCAGAGGGGGUGUUUGUAUAUUCUCAUUAGUGGGGCUACUGACGGAAGUAUUGCCUUUUGGGACCUCACCAGAAGCAUUCAAGCUUUCAUGCAACUUGUAUCAGUACUUGAUGUUGCAAAGUUCAUUGAUUGUCAGAAAAGGCCACGGACAGGGAGGGGAAGUCAGGGUGGACGACAGUGGAGAUCUUUAGGCAGUAGCAUGUCAAAGAAUAGACUUGGCACUGGUUCCACCACUGUAAAAGCUGGAGAGGAAACUAAAUGCAAUUUGCCUAAUCACAUUGUGGAUGGAAUGACAUCGAUGCAAAAUGAUCACGAGAGCAGAACAGUUUCUUCCCAAGCUGACGAUACUGCUUCCGAAGUGAAUGCUUCUGAUUCCUCAUCUGAUAUAUGUGAAAUAUCUCCUUUAGUUGUUUUCAAGACCAUUCAUCAAUCGGGUGUCAAUUCUCUCCAUGUUUCAGAUGUAGAGGGUUGUCGAAGUCCUGAAAUUGGGUUUCUGUACAAUUUAAUUAGUGGCGGUGAUGAUCAAGCGCUUAGUUGUCUUACGUUUGAAUUGUCAGUUUCAGCAUCAAACACUGGAUCUGAGAAUAUGGCACUGGAAAUUACAAAUUCAGUCACUGAACUUGGAAGUACAAAAAAAAUUAUUCACUCUAGUCAAGACAAGAACUAUUGGAUCAGAUUCCUAAAUCAUGAUAAAGUCCCUUCAGCUCACAGCUCUGCUGUAAAAGGUGUUUGGACAGAUGGAUCUUGGGUUUUUUCCACUGGUCUUGAUCAACGUGUCAGGUGCUGGCGUCUAGAGGAUGAAGGUAAACUAAUCAAGGGUUCUUAUUUCAUCAUAAGUGUGCCAGAGCCAGAAGCGCUGGAUGCUAAAGUGUGUGGCCGGAACCAUUAUCAGAUUGCAGUAGCUGGGAGAGGAAUGCAAAUGCUUGAGUUCUCUGAAUCUUUAGAUGUCAGUUGAUGAACGCAGAAGAGUCAAGUUGGUAUUUUGGUGAUUUAAUGUUUCACAUGGCGAGGCGUUUUCUUUCCAGCAAUCAUGUUUUUAACGGCUGUUUUAGUAACAGCGGUCCUGCUAUCAUGAGUAAGAGUCUCACAGUUUUCACACUGGUCUGCCAUCUGCAAAUUCUUGUUCUCUGAAUUGCAUAGCAUAAGUAGAAGACCAGCUAGGUUGCGAUAUGGUGAUAGGUGUCCUUUAUAUUUAGUGUUCAUUUUUCUUUUGGGUCCUUGAUGCAAAACACAAGGUAUGUUUAGCUGAUUUAUCCAUUUUUGCAGUUCGCAUGAAAAAUCUGGAGUUGUGAACUGUAAUAAGAAAAUAAUAGAUAUGACAGUAAAUUGUAUAAUCUAGCUUCAAUGGAUGUACAAGUUUUCAAGAUCAA